AGCAGAUAUAAUUUUUUCCUUAACCAAUUCACCACUCCAAAAAUUAGCCAGUCAUUGACGAAGACUACCAAAUCAAACCAUUGAAGAACGAAACGCAGAAGUGUAGAGAGAGAGAGAGAGAGAUUGGGGCAGAGUUGAAAUUAACCUCUACAGCUAAGAGGAGAAGCUCAUAGUUUCCUAAUUUACAGUCUCAGUUACCUUCAAUGGAUCCAACAGCAGAUGAGCAGUUGGACUAUGGUGAUGAGGAAUAUAGAGGAAGCCACAAGAUGCAGUACCAUGUAAGUGGGACAAUUCAUGCACUGGCAGAGGAUGAAAUGCUGGGUGAAGAUGAUGAAUAUGAUUAUCUUUACAAUGAUGUUAACAUUGGGGAAGGUUUCCUAUAGCUGCAGCGGUCAAAGGUUCCAGUUCCUUCUGUUGAUGCGGGAAAUGGGAGUUUUCAAGUUCAGAAAGAUUUUUCCUGCCUCAAGGCUGGUGGUUUAGGAUCAGAGGAGGCGAAAAUCCCUGGUAUUGCAACAAAAGAGAAUUAUGCUGGCACUGAAGUCCAAUUUCCCCAGCAAAAUGGUGGGUCUUUAGUUGAAAGGGAAACUGAACGACCUGCUGAUGCUGCACAAAAAUCAAGGCCUUCAGCACUUACCAUGAAUCUCAAUUCUCAAGUGGGGAACUCUGGUUACCAAGGAUCCAUGCCAAUGCCCCAGAAAAUUGGUGCUGAUCCUAUGGCUAUGCCAGAAAUAAAUGUCAGUGAAGCUACACCAUUGGUGAAUUCUGUUGUGGCUGGACCAAGAGUUGUUCAGCACAUGCCAACUAAUCAAUUGAACUCAAGUGGGAAUGUUAACAUCAAUAAUCCAAUUAUUAGUGACUCUUUUAGGCCAUCUCUGGAGAAUGCUAACACCAUGCUCUUUGUUGGAGAAUUGCACUGGUGGACUACUGAUGCUGAGCUUGAGAGUGUGCUAACUCAAUAUGGGAAUGUAAAGGAGAUCAAAUUCUUUGAUGAGAGAGCUAGUGGCAAGUCUAAAGGCUAUUGUCAAGUUGAGUUUUUUGACCCAGGUUCUACAGCUACUUGCAAAGAAGGAAUUAAUGGUUAUAAUUUCAAUGGGCGACCCUGUGUUGUCGCAUUUGCAACUGCACAAACUAUAAAACAGAUGGAUUCCUCAUAUGCGAACAAAACUCAAAACCAGGUGCAGUCUCAACCACAGGGGCGGGGACCCAUGAAUGAGGGAGUUGGUAGAGGUGGGCCAAAUUACACCCUUGGAGAUGCUGGGAGGAAUUUAGGAAGAGGUAGUUGGGGGCGUAGAGAGACGGGGAUGCCUAACAGAGGACCUGGGGGUGGCCAGUGAGGGGGAAGAGGAGCCAUGGGAUCGAAGAAUAUGAUGGUGAAUCCUGGAGCUGGCAAUGGUGCUGGUGGAGCUUUUGGACAAGGACUUGCAGGUCCAGCAUUUGGUGGUCCUCUUGCAGGUCUAAUGCAUCCCCAGGGCAUGAUGGGUCCUGGUUUUGAUCCCAGUUUUAUAGGUCGAGGAGCUGGUUAUGGAGGAUUUUCAGGUCCUGCAUUUUCGGGGAUGAUGCCUCCAUUUCUUGCUGUUAAUCCUAUGGGCCAUCCUGGAGUGGCUCCUCAUGUCAACCCUGCAUUUUUUGGUCGAGGAAUGGCUGCAAAUGGAAUGGGAAUUAUGGGUACAGCUGGGAUGGAUGGGCCUCAUCCAGGAAUGUGGACUGACACAAGCGGGGGCGGAUGGGGAGGAGAAGAACAUGGCAGGAGAACUAGAGAGUCCAGUUAUGGGGGUGAAGAUAAUGCAUCAGAGUAUGGCUAUAGAGGGGUUAGCCAUGAUAAAGAAGCCAGGUCAAGUGUUGUUUCUAGGGAAAAGGAACGGGGUUCUGAGCGUGACUGGUCAGGCAACUCUGACAGGCGGUAUCGUGAUGAAAGAGAACAUGACAGAGAUAGGCAUGAUAAGGAGCACAGAUACAGGGAAGAAAUGGAUGAUUACCGGGACUAUCGUCAAAAGGAGCGUGAAUCAGAGUAUGAAGAAGAGUAUGACCGUGGACAGUCUUCUUCAAGAUCCCGUAGCAAAUCCCAAGCAGCUCGUGAGGAAAAUCAUAGGUCUAGAUCAAGAGACACAAAUUAUGGGAAACGUAGACGCGGACCUUCUGAAUGAUCUCUUAUAUGCUGCUUUGCAUCUAUUUUCCAAGUCUUUUAUAGGACUACAGGCGCAAUUAUUAACCUUUGGUGAUGUCCUUCCUUCAGCUACUUGUAUGCAGUGGCGUUCUUCCUGUUUUGUGUUGGUGCUGAUAUUCUGUGGUUUCAGGAUUUAAAGAAGGAGCCGCGAGGCAACUCUGUUUUUCGUGACUAAAUCAGCAUAUUUUGGUUAUCUGGAGGAAGAUGAGUUAAAUUGGACAAUUGUUUGAAAAUGCUAGUCUCUGCCUAGUGCCCUAGUGCGCCUGAGAUGUUUGUCUGUAAUUUUGUUUUCUUUAGCAUAUAACAUCGUGGGCGUCCAAUUUAGAUAGGGAUGCAUCAGCAGGCCCACCAGUCUUUUAAAGCUCUACUUUGAGCUAUGUAUUGUAGAUAUGUAGUAGGUUCCAUCAUGUGUAAUGUUUCAUACCGUUUUUUGCUCUUUUUUAAGCUUUGUAAAGAUCUUGUACCAAGUCUGCUGAGCACUUUGUCCUGUAGAUUUCAGUAUGGUGGGUUUGUACAUAGUAAUGCCACUCUAGGUCAGUUGUGGUCGGUUAGUAACUUUUGUAUGUUGCUGUAAUCCAAAAUAUAGGUGAUUGUUGUAACAUCUAGAAGAGUUGGCUUAUUAUUCAUCACAAAUGCUGAUAGUGACUGCAGAUUGCAUCUGUGGUAACCUUCCUGUAGGCCUGUAAAAACUUUUUUGUUGUUAGAUCAUAUACCAAGUGUAAAUUUUUGUUGUAAUAUCUGAUAAUUUGAUCGCCUCUGCUUUCUUGUAACUCAUUCUGUAAACUUGUGUCGCAUUGGUUGUAUAUAAUGUUAACAUAAUUUGAUUUAGGAG